GCACCCCCACGCCAGCCCGCGCCCCAGCCACAGCCUCGGCCGCGCCGGCUCGCAGACGCCUGUAGUCCGGGCGGACCUUGCUCCUUCUCCUCCCGCGGUUUCCAGCACCGGUCCUUCCCCCGGCUCCGGAGGGAAGCCAGAUUGAUCUUCGAUCGCGAAGAUGGCUGCUGGCUGCCUGCUGGCCUUGACUCUGACACUUUUCCAAUCUUUGUUGAUCGGCCCCUCGUCGGAGGAGCCGUUCCCUUCGGCCGUCACUAUCAAGUCAUGGGUGGAUAAGAUGCAAGAAGACCUCGUCACCCUGGCAAAAACAGCAAGUGGAGUCAAUCAGCUUGUCGAUAUUUAUGAGAAAUACCAAGAUUUGUAUACUGUGGAGCCAAAUAAUGCACGCCAGCUGGUGGAAAUUGCAGCCAGGGAUAUUGAAAAACUUCUGAGCAACAGAUCUAAAGCCCUGGUGCGUCUAGCUUUGGAAGCAGAAAAAGUUCAAGCAGCCCACCAGUGGAGAGAGGAUUUCGCAAGCAAUGAAGUUGUCUACUACAAUGCAAAGGAUGAUCUUGAUCCAGAAAAGAAUGAUAGUGAACCAGGCAGCCAGAGGAUAAAACCUGUUUUUAUCGAUGAUGCUAAUUUUGGGCGACAAAUAUCCUAUCAGCACGCAGCCGUUCAUAUUCCCACUGACAUCUAUGAGGGCUCAACAAUUGUAUUAAAUGAACUCAACUGGACAAGUGCCUUAGAUGAAGUUUUCAAGAAAAAUCGAGAAGAAGAUCCUUCAUUAUUGUGGCAGGUGUUUGGCAGUGCCACAGGCCUAGCCCGAUAUUAUCCAGCUUCUCCAUGGGUUGAUAACAGUAGAACUCCAAACAAGAUUGACCUUUAUGAUGUACGCAGGAGACCAUGGUACAUCCAAGGAGCUGCAUCUCCUAAAGACAUGCUUAUUCUGGUUGAUGUGAGCGGGAGUGUUAGUGGAUUGACACUUAAACUGAUCCGAACAUCUGUCUCCGAAAUGUUGGAAACCCUCUCAGAUGACGAUUUUGUGAAUGUAGCUUCAUUUAACAGCAAUGCCCAGGAUGUAAGCUGUUUUCAGCACCUCGUCCAAGCAAAUGUGAGAAAUAAGAAAGUGUUGAAAGAUGCGGUGAAUAAUAUCACAGCAAAAGGAAUCACAGAUUAUAAGAAGGGAUUUAGCUUUGCUUUUGAACAGCUGCUUAAUUAUAAUGUGUCUAGAGCCAACUGCAAUAAGAUUAUCAUGUUGUUCACGGAUGGAGGAGAAGAGAGAGCUCAGGAGAUAUUUACCAAAUACAACAAAGACAAAAAGGUCCGUGUAUUCACAUUUUCAGUUGGUCAACAUAAUUAUGACAGAGGACCUAUUCAAUGGAUGGCCUGUGAAAAUAAAGGUUAUUAUUAUGAAAUUCCUUCCAUUGGAGCAAUAAGAAUCAAUACUCAGGAAUAUUUGGAUGUUCUGGGAAGACCAAUGGUUUUAGCUGGAGACAAAGCUAAGCAAGUCCAGUGGACAAAUGUAUACCUGGAUGCACUGGAACUGGGACUUGUCAUUACUGGAACUCUUCCGGUCUUCAACAUAACCGGCCAAAAUGAAAAUAAGACAAACUUAAAGAAUCAGCUGAUUCUCGGUGUGAUGGGAGUUGAUGUGUCUUUGGAAGAUAUUAAAAGGCUAACACCACGUUUUACAUUGUGCCCCAAUGGCUAUUAUUUUGCAAUUGAUCCUAAUGGUUAUGUUUUAUUACAUCCAAAUCUUCAGCCAAAGCCUAUUGGCAUAGGUAUACCAACAAUUAAUUUAAGAAAAAGGAGACCCAAUGUUCAGAACCCCAAAUCUCAGGAGCCAGUAACUUUGGAUUUCCUUGAUGCAGAAUUAGAGAACGAUAUUAAAGUGGAGAUUCGAAAUAAAAUGAUAGAUGGAGAAAGCGGAGAAAAAACAUUCAAGACUCUGGUUAAAUCUCAAGAUGAGAGAUAUAUUGACAAAGGAAACAGGACAUAUACAUGGACUCCUGUCAAUGGCACAGAUUACAGUUUGGCCUUGGUAUUACCAACCUACAGUUUUUACUAUAUAAAAGCCAAAAUAGAAGAGACAAUAACUCAGGCCAGAUCCAAAAAGGGCAGAAUGAAGGAUUCAGAAACUCUGAAACCAGAUAAUUUUGAAGAAUCUGGCUAUACAUUCAUAGCACCAAGAGAUUACUGCAAUGACCUUAAAAUAUCAGAUAACAACACCGAAUUUCUUUUAAAUUUUAAUGAGUUUAUUGAUAGAAAAACUCCAAACAACCCAUCAUGCAACACAGACUUGAUUAAUAGAGUCUUGCUGGAUGCAGGCUUUACAAAUGAACUUGUCCAAAAUUACUGGAGUAAGCAGAAAAAUAUCAAGGGAGUGAAAGCACGAUUUGUUGUGACUGAUGGUGGGAUUACCAGAGUUUAUCCGAAAGAGGCUGGAGAAAAUUGGCAAGAAAACCCAGAAACAUAUGAGGACAGCUUCUAUAAAAGAAGUCUAGAUAACGAUAACUAUGUUUUCACUGCUCCCUACUUUAACAAAAGUGGACCUGGUGCUUAUGAAUCAGGCAUUAUGGUAAGCAAAGCUGUAGAAAUUUACAUCCAAGGAAAACUUCUUAAACCUGCAGUUGUUGGAAUUAAAAUUGAUGUAAAUUCCUGGAUAGAGAAUUUCACCAAAACAUCAAUCAGGGAUCCGUGUGCGGGUCCAGUUUGUGACUGUAAAAGAAACAGUGAUGUAAUGGAUUGUGUUAUUCUAGAUGAUGGUGGGUUCCUUUUGAUGGCAAAUCAUGAUGAUUAUACUAACCAGAUUGGAAGGUUUUUUGGAGAGAUUGAUCCAAGUUUGAUGAGACACCUGGUUAAUAUAUCAGUUUAUGCUUAUAACAAGUCUUACGAUUAUCAGUCGGUGUGUGAGCCAGGAGCUGCACCAAAACAGGGAGCAGGGCAUCGCUCAGCAUACGUGCCAUCAAUAGCCGACAUAUUACACAUUGGCUGGUGGGCCACUGCUGCUGCCUGGUCUAUUCUACAGCAGUUUCUCUUGAGUUUGACCUUUCCACGACUUCUUGAGGCAGUUGAGAUGGAAGAUGAUGACUUUACGGCCUCUCUGUCAAAGCAGAGUUGCAUUACUGAACAAACUCAGUAUUUUUUCGAUAAUGAUAGUAAAUCAUUUAGUGGUGUAUUAGAUUGUGGAAACUGUUCCAGAAUCUUCCAUGUAGAAAAACUUAUGAACACCAAUUUAAUAUUCAUAAUGGUUGAGAGCAAAGGAACUUGUCCCUGUGACACACGGUUGCUCAUACAAGCAGAACAGACUUCUGACGGUCCAGAUCCUUGUGAUAUGGUGAAGCAACCCAGAUACCGAAAAGGGCCUGAUGUCUGCUUUGAUAACAAUGCUUUGGAGGAUUAUACCGACUGUGGUGGUGUCUCUGGAUUAAACCCCUCCCUGUGGUCCAUCAUCGGCAUCCAGUGUGUACUACUUUGGCUUUUAUCUGGCAGCAGACACCACCAGUUAUGACCUUCUCAAACCAAAUCUGCAGAUUAAACUCCAGACUCUGCUGAAACAGGAGCCCUCAACUGCAUUAAAAUAGGGUCAACUGUGAACUCAGCAGACCACUCGCUGGGCCCACCCCAUGGCAUCCAUCUAAGACGCAGACUCAUAAGGCACCCACUGGCUGCAUGUCAGGGUGUCAGGUCGUUCAACUUGUGUGAAUGCUGCAUCAUCCAUGUAUAACAUCGAAGCAAAAUUCUAUACAUGCUGUAUUGGAAAAUUUGAAAAUUUGUUGUUGCAUUGUUGGUGAUUACAUGUUAAAGG